AUGACAAAAGGCUGUAACUGGAAACUCCAGUUCGACUCCACCUUGAACCAAUACUAUUACCUCGAUACCAAAACCAACACGAUUCUGUUUGAUUGCCCAGCCGAGGUGAAAAGAACCAAGAAACAAAGCUUACUCAGACGGCUUUCUUUCAAGAGCAAAAAGUCCAACGAGUCCCUCAUCACCGCCACUUGUUCCGAUGCCUUGAGUAAAAACAGCACCAAUAGCACCAGCAGUUACACCAGUCAAAGUUCCACAUCUUCCACCCCAUCACAACCGCAGCCGAAGCAGACUCCGUUCUUUGAUGACGAAUAUCUCUUGAACAACCCCACCAACUUCCGCAACUUUGCCGGCACCUCGUUGGCCCAGGCCGAUGGCUUCCACGACGACGUAUCGUCGAUCGACUCUGAGUCGGUUAUUACGUACUAUUCUGAAUUGAACCACGAUAUCUACGCGGAAGACUACUACUCCUUCGAUAAGGAGAAGGAACGCAUCGAGUUGAGGUUGCAGUUCAUGAAAGAAUUGCUGGUGUAA